GCCGCAGUUUUGGGCCGCGAGGCCAUGCGUCGGGGCCAGCCUUGCCAUGGUGGCCUACGGGCGGACAGCUGGAGGCCGCUCCUGGGCCAGCGUCGCGGCGGGCGGCAAGGCCAAGGGCGCCUGGAGCUACUGGGUCUGCUCCAGCGGCACGUGCAGGGAGUGGAACUGGUGCUCGCUCUGGAAGUGCCGCGGCUGCGACCGAGUGGCAGGCGUCAGCGAGGCCAGCAGCGUGCAGCAGUCGGCCGUCGAGCAGCACCGCCUGGAGGUCAAGCGCAUCGAGGACUUCCUCGCGGCCCCUGGCGGGUCCAUCGACGAAGGAUGCCUGCAGUCGCUGCGCGCGGCCCUCGACCGCGAGCGGCGCAGGCUCUCGGCAGCCGAGGCGGCGCAGGCGGAGCGCAGGAAGGCCGACCUUCCCCUGCCCAAGGCGCUCCACGGUGCUGGCAAUGCCUUGGGGAAGCUGGUCAGGCAGGGGCGGGCCAAGGAGCAGGCGCUUCUCAAGGCAGAGGAGGCCCACGCGGCUGCCAUCGGAGAGCGUGAGGCGGCCAUCGCGCGCGAGGCCGCAUGCGCUGAGGCGGGCGAGGAGUGCCGAGUUGCUCUCGAGGCUCACCGCGAGGAGCAGAGGGCCGCAGAGGCCAGGCAGGCCAAGGAGGUCGGCGCGGCCUUCGUCGGCACGGACUUGCUCGGGAUGGUCUUCGGCCUCAUCCAGCAGGUCGAGGCCUUGCCCCAGGGCUUCGCCGCGGGCAAUGGGGAGGCCGCCUUCGCUGAGGUCGCCAAGAAGAUUGCAGCAGUCCGCAGGGCGCGGCCGAGCGCGGCCAAGCUGCACGCCGAGGAGAGGCGCACGGAGCGUGGCCCUCAGCCCAGCCGCUGGCUAGGGACCUGGCCAACGCUGGAGCAGCCCAUCUCGACGACCAGCCGCGGGCUUCUGCUGCUGGCGGCCAUGCUGCUGUGGGCCGCAGUCGGGUUUGACGUCGAUUCGGCAGGUCAGGGUUCGGUUGACAGCAGGAGAGUCAGACGGCGCCUGAGUGAGCAGGUGCCAGUGGCCGCUGACGAGCGGGUGGCCGAGACCCUCGACGGGCGCAGCGAAGCCAAGGUGCCAAGUGACCAGAUGACGAGGAUGACGGCGCAGGAGGCCUGCAUUGGCAAGGCUCGCCUCGGGCCGCAGCCCGCCCCUGAGUCUGACCCUCGAGGACCUUGCCCCCUGCGCGCUGGCCUGGAGGUCCUGGGCUGCAACGGUAACGUCUGGAACAGGAGCGUCGAGGUCCUCGAGGCCUUCUUCCACGCCCACCAGUACUGGCCACAGCUGGUCCUCCUUCAGGAGACGAGGCUUACCCUGGAACGGCUCCCUGGGGCCAGGGCGCUGGCACGCCGCCUCGGCUACGCCGCCUCCUUCCACGAGGCGGUGGCCACGGGCCAGCCUGGCCCGAACGCCACGUCGGGCGGAGUCGCUGGCCUGCAGCGGUUCGCGGGCUUGGAGCGCGUCUACGACUGGUUCGUCGCGUCGUCCGACCUGGCCACGUCCACGGUGUCCUGCGCUACCACGCUCAACGACGUCGGGCUGCACCCGCACUCUCCUGCGCUGCUGCGUCUCCAGGGCGUCAGGCGUGAUGCCCUGGUUGAGGUGCCCCCCCGUCCUGCUCGGUUUCCAGAGGUGGAGGUCAAAGGCGUGCGCUCCCGCGAGGACGCCUUGGUCCAGGCCUUCACUGUCGGCAAGCGCGGGAAGGUGUCGCAGAAGGAGGUAGCUUGGUCAUGGGCUCUGGGUUCGCGCCCGACCUGCCUCUCUGCGGCUUUCGGCGAGUGGGUCGAGGCGGCGGAGGGCACCCUCACGGGCAUCCACCAGAUUGCGCCAGGCGACCUGCCACGCUACCUUGGGCGAGCGGCAGGGCCCAAGACCAGGCGCAUGCCCUUCAGCGCGCUGGUGCAGCGUGAGGCCAGGCUGAAGUACAGCAUGCUGACCCACCGCCUGAGGAGCUGUCUGGCGGUCGCCCUCCAGAGGUUUCGCGCCGAGCAGGCCAGCAGGUGGCACCCGACCCACUCGCGGCGGCAUGAGCAGCAGGCUGCGGCGAGGGCGCAGCUCCUGGACGAGGCGACCCAGGAGGAGGCUUGUCUUCGGAGCGCGCCCGUCCGUGGGGCCACCGACGAGAAGUGGGGUGACCUCGCCUUCCACGCGGGGGUGAAGGGCUGCCCCACGGCGGUCGCCAAGCUGCAGUCGUUGCUCCUGGCGUCCCAGAGGCGCGAUGCUGCUGAAGGAGCUGCCGCCUGGCGCAGUUGGGCCCAGGCGGCGGUGGAGAAAGUAGGCCGCCUGGCCCACCGCUUCUCCAAGGCGGCUCCCACGCCUGUGGUCAGGGACGCCGACACAGGGAGGCCCCUCGUCGGCAUGGACGCCGUUGACCAGCUCACGCGCACGUGGCAGCGGCUCUGGCUCCAGGGAGGCUUCUCCAGUGGAGUCGGAGCCCACCAGUGGGAUGUUGGUUCCUGGACGCUGCCGCCCAUCACCCUGGAGGUGGCGGACGGCCUCGCCGCCAGCUGGGCCGCCCUCGGCUUCGAGGUCAAGCGUGGCUCCCAGGCCCGCAACCUGGGCACCGACGCCAACGUGACCCGCAGAGGGGCCCAUGAGGGAGGCGCCCGCGCUGUGAGAGGCCUCUCCCGCGCCAGGCGGCUGAGAACCCUGGGCUCGGCGGGGGCCGCGGUGGUGCACAUGCGCCGCGCAGGCCCAACCGCCGCCAUGCUGUGGGGCAGGACGGUCACAGGGGUGCCCGACGGCGAGCUUCACUCCUGGCGCCUGGCGGCUGCGCGCUCGGCAGGGAAGCUUCCCAAGGGCGCCCCCCUAGGGCUUAGGCCCAGGGCGAUCGAGGUGCAGCGCUCCACCGACCUGGACCCGAGCCCCGCCCUGGUGCGCGCCGCGGUGCAGGUGGCAGCCAGCCUCCUUCAGACGGGCGAGGCGCCCCUGAGGAUGUUCGCUACCUGCCUGGAGGAGGCCGAGCGCAGGCACGGCAGCGCCAGGGUGCCCUGGGUGAACUGCAAGAACCCAGUCGACGCACUGGCCCUCUCUCUGUUGCGGGUUGGGUGGCGCCUCUCGGCUGGGCACAUCCUGCGCACCGACGACGGCCGCACCUUGGACAUGCUGACCAUGGGCCCCCGCGAGCUCGGGUUGCUGGCUGCGGCAGGUGCCCGCAGGGCCUCCGACAGAGCUGAGAUGACGCGGCUUGGGCACGGAGCCGCCCCCUCCAUGCCCUUGUUUUGGGACGCACUCGGCCAGGUCAUCGGGCCGCGCGGCAGGUUCAGCAGCAGAGAGAAGGCCGCGGUGGUGAGCUACCUGUCCAACGCCCACUGGCCGCAGACUCGCCUCUUCGCGGCUGGGGAGCGGGGCCACCCUCGCUGCUGCGCCUGCGGCGAAGUGCGUGGCAGCUUCUGGCACAGGCUCUUCGAGUGCCCAGCUCUGGCCGCUGAGAGGCGGGACUCGACGGCGAAGGACGGCGAGGACUUCGCGGUCUGGAUGCUGAGCCGCUACCUCGGGCCCUCGAUCACCGAGAUCAACAUCGACUGUGCGUCCACAGUCAGCUGCUUGAAGCUCGGCAGGAAGUAUGCUACGGCUGCCAACAAGCCCAAUGCACACCUGUGGUCGGCCGUCUACGCCUCGCUGGACGUCGACGCGCUCACUGUGAACAAGGUGGCGGCUCACUGCACCGAGAUCGAUGUUCGCGAGGGCAGGAUCUCGGAGUUUCAGUUGCUUGGGAACGCCCACGCCGACAGGUUGGCGAAGGCGGGGGCGGCCCUCCACAGGGUCAGCGCGGCGGCCAGGCGGGAGUUCUUCGGCGCGAUGGAGGUCGUGAGGGAGCUCUCCAGGUGGAUCGCGCAGGCCUCGAUCGUCUGGCAGGACAGGGACUCCAAGGACUGCGAGGGCCUUCCUGAGUGCGACGAGCGGAGGACUGCUGUCACUUUCGCGGUCCCGCUGGAGGAGUGUGCUGACGGCCCGCGGGCGGCUCCCGUGAACGGGUCGGGCGCCCCGCCCGCCGCCGUGGGGGCCAGCGGGGAGCAGGCUGGCAGCCGCCCCGCCGCUGUCGGCGCCUGGGCCUCGGCGGCGCGCGACGGAGGAGUAGCGCUGGGCGCCCUGGUCUUCGCCGUCGCAGGGCACACCCUCGCGUGCGCCAGGUGCGGUGAGGACGGCGACCAGCAGGGGAUCAUUGCGUGCACCAGGUGCGGGGCGCAUGCGAGGCUUAGCGGACGCCCUGGCCCGCAGCCCAAGCUCAGGGAGCGCUGCCCUGGCGCAACCGGCCUCCCCAGGUCGCUGCGGGACCAGAGGUCGCGGUGGGAGCGUGGCCCCCACCCUGGGGGCACGCCGCGCGCCCGCGACACGCGGAGGAAGGGGGCGGAGGCCCCCCGCCUUCGCAAGGAGGCCGAGGUGCCGCAGGACGCCAGGGUGCGCUUCCUGAAGUGGCUCGGAGUCCAGCCCGAGGCCCCAGCAGUCGUCGAGGGUAGCGCCUCGGCGGCCGACGCUGCUGGGGGCGGCGCUGGCGCUGCGGCCUCCUCCUCGACAGAGCUGCCCGCUGCGGCCGGUGGCGCCGCGGCGGGAGCGGGAUCGCGGCAGGCCUGGCUGGAAGCUUACGGCCUCGAUGAGGAGAGCCUGCUGAGCUGGGCGGAGGAGGCCGACGAGGCCCGUCGUGAGCGCCAGAGCAGGCCGCAGUUUUGGGCCGCGAGGCCACGCGUCGGGGUCAGCCUUGCCAUGGUGGCCUACGGGCAAGCUGCUGGAGGCCGCUCCUGGGCCAGCGUCGCCGCGGGCGGCAAGGCCAAGGGCAACUGGAGCUACUGGGUCUGCUCCAGCGGCAUGUGCAGGGAGUGGAACUGGUGCUCGCUCUGGAAGUGCCGCGGCUGCGACCGAGUGGCCCCGCCGUGGGUCAAGGCAGCCCGUCCGCCCGCGGCUGCCGCCGGCCAGGAGUCGCCCGUCGCCGACGCCGAGGGCUUCGUCGUCCAGCUCCGAGGGAGGAAGGCGAGGCGCCAGGCCAAGCGCACUGCUGCCCGCGCGGCCAGCGCUGGGGCAGCCAGGCAGGCAGGCGUCAGCGAGGCCAGCAUCGUGCAGCAGCCGGCCGUCGAGCAGCACCGCCUGGAGGUCAAGCGCAUUGAGGACUUCCUCGCGGCCCCUGGGGGGUCCAUCGACGACGGGCGCCUGCAGUCACUGCGCGCGGCCCUCGACCGCGAGCGGCGCAGGCUCUCGGCAGCCGAGGCGGCGCAGGCGGAGCGCAGGAAGGCCGACACCCCCCUGCCCAAGGCGCUCCACGGUGCUGGCAACGCCCUGGGGAAGCUGGUCAGGCAGGGGCGGGCCAAGGAUCAGGCGCUGCUCAAGGCUGAGGAAGCCCACGCGGCAGCCAUCGGCGAGCGUGAGGCGGCCAUCGCGCGCGAGGCCGCUUGCGCUGAGGCGGUCGAGGAGUGCCGAGCUGCUCUCGAGGCUCACCGCGAGGAGCAGAGGGCCGCAGAGGCCAAGCAGGCCAAGGAGGUCGGCGCGGCCUUCGUCGGCACGGACUUGCUCGGGAUGGUCUUCGGCCUCAUCCAGCAGGUCGAGGCCUUGCCCCAGGGCUUCGCCGCGGGCAAUGGGGAGGCCGCCUUCGCUGAGGUCGCCAAGCAGAUUGCAGCGGUCUGCAGGACGCGGCCGAGCGCGGCCAAGCUGCACGCCGAGGAGAAGCGCACGGAGCGUGGCCCUCAGCCCAGCCGCUGGCUAGGGACCUGGCCAACGCUGGGGCAGCCCUCCUCGGCGACCAGCCGCUGGCUACUGCUGCUGGUGGCCGUGCUGCCGUGGGCCGCAAUCGGGUUUGACAUCGACUCGGCAGGCCAGUGCUCGGUUGACAGCAGGAGGGUCAGACGGCGCCUGAGUGAGCAGGUGCCAGAGGCCGCUGACGAGCGGGUGGCCGAGACCCUCGACGGGCGCAGCGAAGCCAAGGUGCCAAGUGACCAGAGGACCUGGCCCCUGCGUGCUGGCCUGGAGGUCCUGGGCUGCAACGGUAACGUAUGGAACAGGAGCGUCGAGGUCCUCGAGGCCUUCUUCCACGCCCACCAGUACUGGCCGCAGUUGGUCCUCCUUCAGGAGACGAGGCUAACCCAGGAACGGCUCCCUGGGGCCAGGGCGCUGGCACGCCGCCUCGGCUACGCCGCCUUCUUCCAUGAGGCGGUGGCCACGGGCCAGCCUGGCCCGAACGCCACGUCGGGCGGCGUCGCGAUCCUGGUGAGGGCUGGACUCCAGGCCGAGGAGUCAGCAUGCCAGCUCCCUGCGGCCCUGCGCCACCGCCUCAUCGGCGUUGAGGUGACGGCGCCGCCGGGCCUCCGCCUCCUGGCCUUGGCGGGGUACUUCCAGCACUCCCUGGGCCCGCGGGGGAUCAACCUCGACCUGUUCUCCUCGGUCUCGGACCUCGUGGCAUUCUCGCUCGACUUGCCCUUGGUCCACCAGGCGGAUUUCAACAUGGAGCCUGAGCCCCUGCAGGAGUUGGGCUGGCCUGCAGCGGUUCGCGGUCAGGUGCUCGGACCCUCUGAAGCGACCUGCGUUGCCCAGGGCUGUGAGCACGUCUACGACUGGUUCGUCGCGUCGUCCGACCUGGCCACGUGCACGGUGUCCUGCGCGACCACGCUCAACGACUUCGGGCUGCGCCCGCACUCUCCCGUGCUGCUGCGCCUCCAGGACGUCAGGUGCGAUGCCCUCGUUGAGGUGCCCUCCCGUCAUGCUCGGUUUCCAGAGGUGGAGGUCAAAGGCGUGCGCUCCCGCGAGGACGCCUUGGUCCAGGCCUUCACUGUCGGCAAGCGCGGGAAGGUGUCGCAUAAUGAUGUUGCCUGGUCAUGGGCUCAGGGUUCGCGCCCGACCUGCCUCUCUGCUGCUUUCGGCGAGUGGAUCGAGGCGGCGGAGGGCACCCUCACGGGCAUCCAUGAGAUUGCGCCAGGCGGCCUGCCACGCUACCUUGGGCGAGCGGCAGGGCCCAAGACCAGGCGCAUGCCCUUCAGCGCGCUGGUGCAGCGUGAGGCCAGGCUGAAGUACAGCAUGCUGACCCACCGCCUCAGGAGCUGCCUGGCGGUCGCCCUCCAGAGGCUUCGCGCCGAGCAGGCCAGCAGGUGGCACCCGACCCACUCUUGGUGGUAUGAGCAGCAGGCUGCGGCGAGGGCGAAGCUCCUGGACGAUGCGACCCAGGAGGAGGCUUGUCUUCAGAGCGCGCCCCUCCUUGGGGCCUCCGACGAGAAGUGGGGUGACCUCGCCUUCCACGCGGGGGUGAAGGGCUGCCCCACGGCGAUCGCCAAGCUGCAGUCGUGGCUCCUGGCGUCCCAGAGGCGCGAUGCCGCUGAAGGAGCUGCCGCUUGGCGCAGUUGGGCCCAGACGGCGGUGGAGAAAGGGGGCCGCCUGGCCCACCGCUUCUCCAAGGCGGCCCCCACGCCUGUGGUCAGGGACGCCGACACAGGGAGGCCCCUCGUCGGCAUGGACGCCGUUGACCAGCUCACGCGCACGUGGCAGCGGCUCUGGCUCCAGGAGGGCUUCUCCAGCGGAGUCGGAGCCCACCAGUGGGAUGUUGGUUCCUGGGCGCUGCCGCCCAUCACCCUGGAGGCCUUGCAGCAGGCGUGCAAGCGCUACGGCCCGUCUGUGGGGCUGGGCUGCGGCAACCUGCACCCUCGCCAGCUUCUCCUGUUGCCAGUGGCGCUGCAGCUUCGCCUGAUCGACAUCCUCACGGCGUUCGAGGACGAGCCUUCUUCGAUCAGGGGACAGGUGACGCUCAUGGUUUUUAUUCCUAAGACUGGCGGAGGGACGAGGCCCAUCGCGCUGCUCCCGCUGGCCUUGCGGCUUUGGUCUCGCCUGAGGCAGCCGCGCUGUGCCCGAUGGGAGUCAGACCACAGCUUCCCCUUCUUCUGGGGUCGCGAUGGCCGUGAUUGCAAAAGAGCGGGUUGGAUCCACAAUUGCUUCGCGGGCUUCGCGAUGGCCCCCCCGCACUUCGAGGCGGCCAGCCUGUUCCUGGACACCCGCAAGUUCUAUGAGCACGUGCGCCACGACGUCCUCUGUACGUCAGCCCAGCGCUUUGGCUUCAACCUGAAGCUGCUGCGCGGCCUCCUCGCCAUCUACCAGGCCCCGAGGAUCGUGCUGGCAGGUGGCAUGGCGUCGGCCCCCUUCGGGGCCAGUGGCGCAGUGCUGGCGGGCUGCGCGUGUGCGGCGGCUGUUGCUAAGCUUCCCCUCCUUGGACGCCUCCUCGCAGCUGGGGCUCAGCGGCCUCUUGCCACCCUGCGCAACUUGGUGGACGACGUCUCGCUCCAAGCUGUCGGCUCGGCGAGGCUGGUCGUGGACCAGCUCGUGGGGGCCAGCGGGGAGGUGCUGCGACACCUGCGGGCCCACCGCCUCCCGCUCAAUGGGGGCAAGUCCGUUUUCCUGGCCUCGCCUGCACAGGUGGCGGACAGCCUCGCCGCCAGCUGGGCCGCCCUCGGCUUCGAGGUCAAGCGUGGCUCCCAGGCCCGCGACCUGGGCACCGACGCCAACGUGACCCGCAGAGGGGUCCAUGAGGGAGGCGCCCGCGCUGUGGGAGGCCUCUCCCGCGCCAGGCGGCUGAUAACCCUGGGCUCGGCGGGGGCCGCGGUGGCGCACAUGCACCGCGCAGGCCCAACCGCCGCCAUGCUGUGGGGCAGGUCGGUCACAGGGGUGCCCGACGGCGAGCUUCACUCCUGGCGCCUGGCGGCUGCGCGCUCGGCAGGGAAGCUUCCCAAGGACGCCUCCCUGGGGCUGCGGCUCAGGCCGAUCGAGGUGCAGCGCUCCGCCGACCUGGGCCCAAGCCCAGCCCUGGUGCGUGCCGCGGUGCAGGUGGCAGCCAGCCUCCUCCAGACGGGCGAGGUGCCCCCGAGGAUGUUCGCUACCUGCCUGGAGGAGGCCGAGCGCAGGCACGGCAGCGCCAGGGUGCCCUGGGUGAACUGCAAGAACCCAGUCGACGCCCUGGCCUUCUUUUUGUUGCGGGUUAGGUGGCGCCUCGCGGCUGGGCACAUCCUGCACGCCGACGACGGCCACACCUUGGACUGGCUGAUCAUGGGCCCCCGCGAGCUCUGGCUGCUGGCCGCGGCAGGUGCCCGCAGGGCCUCCGACAGAGCUGAGAUGACGCGGCUUGGGCACGGAGCCGCCCCCUCCAUGCCCUUGUUUUGGGACGCACUCGGCCAGGUCAUCGGGCCGCGCGGCAGGUUCAGCAGCAGGGAGAAGGCCGCGGUGGUGAGCUACCUGUCCAACGCCCACUGGGCUGGCUGGAGUAUCGUGCAGUUCGACGAGGUCGGCAACAUGGAGGCGGGGGUGCACGGCGCGGUCCGCCUCGACCUGUGCCCCUUCCAGACGGCGAAGGACGGCGAGGACUUCGCGGUCUGGAUGCUGAGCCGCUACCUCGGGCCUUCGAUCAUCGAGAUCAACAUCGACUGUGCGUCCACAGCCAGCUGCUUGAAGCUCGGCAGGAAGUAUGCGACGGCUGCCAACAAGCCCAAUGCACACCUGUGGUCGGCCGUCUACGCCUCGCUGGACGUCGACUCGCUCACUGUGAACAAGGUGGCGGCCCACUGCGCCGAGAUGGAUGCUCGCGAGGGCAGGAUCUCGGAGUUUCAGUUGCUUGGGAACGCCCACGCCGGCAGGCUGGCGAAGGCGGGGGCGGCCCUCCACAGGGUCAGCGCGGCGGCCAGGCGGGAGUUCUUCGGCGCAAUGGAGGUCGUGAGAGAGCUCUCCAGGUGGAUCGCGCAGGCCUCGAUCGUCUGGCAGGACAGGGGCUCCAAGGACUGCGAGGGCCUUCCUGGGUGCGACGAACGGAGGACUGCUGUCACCUUCGCGGUCCCGUUGGAGGAGUGCGCUGACGGCCCGCGGGCGGCCCCCGUGAACGGGCCGGGCGCCCCGCCCGCCGCCGCGGGGGCACGCGGGGAGCAGGCUGGCAGCCGCCCCGCCGCUGUCGGCGCCUGGGCCUCGGCGGCGCGCGACGGAGGAGUAGCGCUGGGCGCCCUGGUCUUCGCCGUCGCAGGGCACGCCCUCGCGUGCGCCAGGUGCGGAGAGGACGGCGACCAGCAGGAGAUCAUUGCGUGCACCAGGCGCGGUGCGCAUGCGAGGCUUGGCGGGCGCCCUGGCCCGCAGCCCAAGCUCAGGGAGCGCUGUCCUGGCGCAACGGGCCUCCCCAGGUCGCUGCGGGACCGGAAGUCGCGGUGGGAGCGUGGCCUCCACCCAGGGGGCACGCCGCACGUCCGCGACGCGCGGAGGAAGGGGGCGGAGGCCCCCCGCCUUCGCAAGGAGGCCGAGGUGCCGCAGGACGCCAGGGUGCGCUUCCUGAAGUGGCUCGGGGUCCAGCCCGAUGCCCCAGCAGGCGUCGAGGGCAGCGCCUCGGCGGCAGACGCUGCUGGGGGCGGCGCUGGCGCUGCGGCCUCCUCCUCGACCGAGAUGCCCGCUGCAGCUGGCGGCGCCGCGGCGGGAGCGGGAUCGCGGCAGGCCUGGCUUGAAGCUUACGGCCUCGACGAGGAGAGCCUGCUGAGCUGGGCUGAGGAGGCCGACGAGGUGACGGAGAUGGAGGAGACUGAGUCCGCGCUG